AUGUUCGCCAAAGGGAAGGGCUCGGCGGUGCCCUCGGACGGGCAGGCGCGGGAGAAGCUGGCGCUGUACGUCUACGAGUACCUGCUGCACGUCGGCGCCCAGAAGUCGGCGCAGACCUUCCUGUCCGAGAUUCGGUGGGAGAAGAAUAUAACGCUGGGCGAGCCCCCCGGCUUCCUGCACUCCUGGUGGUGCGUGUUCUGGGACCUUUACUGCGCAGCUCCCGAAAGGCGAGACACUUGUGAGCAUUCGAGUGAGGCGAAAGCCUUUCAUGACUAUAGCGCAGCUGCCGCCCCGAGUCCUGUGCUUGGAAACAUUCCCCCAAACGACGGGAUGCCCGGGGGCCCCAUCCCGCCCGGCUUCUUCCAGCAAGGACCGCCUGGGUCACAGCCCUCGCCACACGCACAGCCUCCACCCCACAAUCCUAACAGCAUGAUGGGACCCCACAGUCAGCCGUUCAUGUCGCCACGCUACGCCGGAGGUCCUCGGCCCCCCAUCAGGAUGGGCAACCAGCCGCCAGGUGCCGUUCCUGGUACACAGCCAUUGCUGCCCAAUUCGAUGGAUCCCACGCGACAGCAAGGGCACCCUAACAUGGGCGGCCCCAUGCAGAGGAUGAAUCCUCCGCGAGGGAUGGGCCCCAUGGGUCCUGGUCCGCAGCACACUGACCCUUGGUUCUCGUUGCAGAACUACGGCAGCGGCAUGAGACCUCCACCCAACUCCCUAGGUCCCGGCAUGCCUGGAAUCAACAUGGGGCCGGGAGCUGGCAGACCGUGGCCGAACCCCAGCAGUGCUAACUCAAUCCCAUACUCUUCUUCAUCGCCUGGUACAUAUGUGGGCCCGCCCGGUGGCGGUGGUCCUCCAGGGACACCUAUCAUGCCCAGUCCUGCAGAUUCAACAAAUUCAAGUGACAACAUCUACACAAUGAUUAAUCCAGUACCGCCCGCAGGCAGUCGAUCGAACUUCCCGAUGGGCCCUGGCUCUGACGGCCCUAUGGGCGGCAUGGGAGGCAUGGAGCCCCAUCACAUGAACGGAUCGUUAGGGUCAGGAGACAUAGAUGGACUUCCAAAAAAUUCUCCAAACAACAUAAGUGGCAUUAGCAAUCCCCCGGGCACUCCAAGAGACGACGGGGAGCUGGGAGGCAACUUUCUCCAUUCCUUCCAAAAUGACAAUUAUUCCCCCAGCAUGACGAUGAGUGUGUGAUUUCCCUCCCCCUCCUCCUCUCCAGGAUCAAGAGAGUCAGCUGCCGUUCGGAGGAUCUCAACGUAUUAUGC